AUGGCCCAGGUAAAGGUAGCAGGAAACGCAGUGAGGAGCCACCAGGACUGCUCAGAUGUCUACUCUGACAUGGCUACUGUCAGCUCCAGCGCAGAUAUAGGAGAGUCGGUGAGGAAGGGGGCCUUGUGUGAGACCUCCACGGCUGUAGGCCUCAGCAGGCGGAGCAGGGCCUACCCCUCUCCAGCCCGGAGACGCCACCGCACCACCUUCAGCCACAAGCAGCUGGAACAGCUGGAAGUGGCUUUUGGACAAAACCAGUACCCUGACAUCUACUACAGAGAGGAGCUGGCUCGCAUCACCAAACUGAACGAGGCUCGCAUUCAGGUGUGGUUUCAGAACAGAAGAGCCAAACAGCGUAAGCAGGAGCGGGCCUCGCACAAAGUCCUCCCGGUGGGUGUGAUGUCGGGCCACAGGGGGCUGCUGGGGGGGAUGCACGUCCAGCCGUCCGCCAUGGCUCGACAGUACUACCCCCAGCCCCUGGCGCACAUCCCCCGCCUCUCCCCCAUGCUGCCGCCCUCUGGGGCGUACUCCCGCCACCCGGGCCCCGUCAGCCAGUGCCCCUGUCCCAGCAGCGGCUCCCAGCCGAGCUCCCAGCGGCAGCACGACGACUGGUACGGCCCUCUGAGGAGCAACCUCACCCCUCCCAUGUUCUCACUGGCCUCCAUGCCGCCUCUGGACCCGGCCUCCCACUGGAGCUAAGAGGGAGAACACCUGGGAUGCUGCAAAAAAAGAGAAAUAGAUACUGCAGAAAAAAAUCUAUUACAGCUACAUUGUGAUACACACAGACAGUUUCAUCUGUCUCACUGUUGUAUUCUUUUAACUAGACUGCAGAUAACAUUUGCAACUUCCUAGUCACAGGCAUGUUUCUCUCAUCACUAGAGUUCUGCUGAAACAGUUGG